AGACGGAAUCACUACCUACACAAAGUGGAAAAACUACAUACCAAUACGCAAAUAAGAUUGAGCCCGAGAGUAGUAUCUCAUUCUAGACAUGAAGCCAAUGCAAAUAAAUUUUACUCAUUUCCUUAAAAGGGGGCCCCACCCCACCCCCCAAAGCUAAAGCUAAAUAGUACUCACAUUCACAUCCCUAAAAUUUCUCCUUUUCUUCUCCAAUAAUACAAGCAUUUAAUCCAACCUAAAUUUCCUCAGUUCGGUCCUACUCCUCCAAACUCCCCUCUCAUUUUUUCCUGUGUCUCUUUCUCUAUCUACCAAACCUUCUCCAUCUAGCCCAAAUCUUCAUAAAUUCAAGCGGCGGGGCUGCCUUCAAUUUCCUGCAAUCCAUAAAUGCACCUCCAAUUAUUGCCGAUUACUCGAGAUAUGGAACACGAUGCUCAUCAUUUCCGAUGACCUCCCACGCAACCGAUGCAGCAAUAAUAUCUCCCCACUUUAUAUAACUCCUCAAUGGAUCCCGCCGCUCUCUCUCCCGCCAAGGCCCCGCCCGCCUCUCUCUUCGCCUCCUCCGCGCACACUUCCCACGCCAGCUUCCCCAUCAUCGCCGUCGCCGUCAUCGGCAUUCUCGCCACCGCGAUCCUCCUCGUCAGCUACUACAUAUUCGUCAUCAAAUGCUGCCUCAACUGGCACCGCAUCGACCUGCUGCGCCGCUUCUCCUUCUCGCGGCGGCGCGCGGCGGAGGAGCACCCGCUCGCGGCGGCGGCCUAUUCCCCGCCGCUCGAGAACCGCGGCCUCACCGAGGCCGCCAUCAGAUCCAUCCCGAUCUUCAAGUUCGGGAGCGAAACCUCCGACGACAGCGACGACGCUAAAUCUCAAUCUCAAUCUCGCGAUUGCGCGGUUUGCUUGAACGAAUUCCAGCGGGGAGAGAAGCUGCGCGCGAUUCCGAAUUGCAGCCACGUCUUCCACAUCGACUGCAUCGACAUCUGGCUUCAGAACAACGCCAACUGCCCGCUUUGCCGCACCAGCAUCUCCGCGGCCCGGCCCGAGACGCUCCUCCCAAUGGACCGAGUAUUUCUCGGGCCGGGCCCAGCCGGCGCGGAUCGCUUCACCGGCAGAGACGAGGACUACGUGGUGAUCGAGAUAGGAUCGGAGCCGCGUAAUCCGUCGUCUCCGCCGGGGAUCCACGAGCGAGGCGCCAGCUCGAACGAGCUCCCCUCGCCGAGGAGGAAGUGUCCGGACAGUUCCUCCUCGGCGAAGAGGAAAAAAAUGAAGAAAUUAAGUCACGUGUCGAGCAUGGGAGAUGAGUGCAUCGACAGCAGGCGGAAGGAUGAGCAGUUCGUGGUGCAGCCGAUGCGGCGGUCGUUCUCGAUGGAUUCGGCGGCUGACAGCCAGCUUUAUUUAGCUGUUGAAGAAAUUAUUCAACGCCACGGCCACGUAAAUAAUGAAUUAAAUCAAAAUGAAGGAAGCAGCAGCAGAGUUAAAAAAUCAUUUUUUUCAUUUGGGCAAGGAAGGUGCUCCAGAAAUGCAGUUCAACCAGUUGCAUUAGAGCCAAGAAGCUAGUUUUUUUUUUUUCAUUAUUUUAUUUUAUGUUUAUUGUAUUUUUUUUUUUGGGUGGUAUAAUUAAAAAGGUGGUUAUUUUAGGUAAUAGAAGUGUAGGUAUUAAUUAGAUAAUUUAGGGAGGUACAGAAUGGCUGUUGUCAUAAAGUAGCAUAUAGAGAGAUGGCUUUUAGUGACGUUUGUGAUUUUGGAUUUUGGAUUUAUUUGAUAGCAUUACAAAUUGGAAGGCUUAAUGAUGGAUGGACCACCUAUAUAUGAUUUUGACUUGAAGUCAUUAUUGUAAUAAUCAUUGCUCGAACAA